AUACCGUGCUGUUCGAGUUUCUGCACACAGAGAUGGUGGCGGAGCUGUGGGCUCCGGACCCCGACCGAGGCCCGCGGUAUUGCAGGUCGUCCAGAAACGGUGUAAAGCCUGUGGGAGGGCCGGUGCAGCUCGAUGGUACGGCACUCCUCUAGCAGACCCGAGGCCCCAGCUUCCAUCCCUGCCACUGCAGAAAAGAUAAAAAGUAGAGCAUUUGUGUGCGGCUUCUGUGCACAUCCUGCUGCACUGCACAUUCUGCAUGUGAGCUUGCUUGGAACUUGUGGACCGUUCCCCUGCGAUCUCAGGCCCACUCACCUGGCGUAGGCCCCAGAAUCCCCUCCAAGGUGGAUGCUGUUGGCCUACCUUACAGGUGAGGGACGGGGCCUGAGAGAAGAAGGACCCUUCAGAGGCCACACAGGGAGAGCGAGGCAGAGUGAGACCCUGGGUGGCUCCGGAGCUGUGCAGGGCACUUGCCCACCCCCACCAGCUCUGCGCCUUUGAUGGAGCCAUUGGUACCCAUGCUGAUGAGACUUCCUCAUGGGCGGCCCCAGGGCCGGCUCCAGAAAUGCCCACUGGUGUGAAUGACAGUCGCCCCCGCCCCACUGUCCCUCCUUAGAGAGUGAGAAGCCCCUAAUCUUACAAGAGCCUUCGCAGGGGCUGGGCAUGGACUCCCCACGUCAGGGAGACGGGCUGUGACCUGCCUCUCCCUGUCUGUCACCCACCACUGUGAGUCGGUACUGCCAGGUGCCCCACUGCACGUGUGGGGAAACCGAGGCAUGGGCUGUUCGGUAGCCUGCACUCAGCAGGUGGGUGCAGCAGGACGAGGCAGGUAGUGCAACGCUGUUGGCAAACCCGGCCCCUCCCUCUGCAGCCACCUUUCCGGUGGGGCUGUGUCUGUGUCCUUAGCAUCCCCACCAGAACGCCAGGCCCUUCCUUGCCCUCCUCACGCCCCCAGCCCCCUUGGCGUCAUCCCUGCAGACGUCAUCGGUACCCAUCACACUGACCAGCUCCCAGGGACUUCCCGGAAGUGUUUUCUAGAUGCCCAGAGGCGCACAGAACCCUCCCUGUCACCUGAGGGUCCUCUUUAGCCGGGACACAUAGGAGGCCACACCAGUGGCCAGGGCGCCCGAAAGCCGAGUUCUACACACAGGCAAACGUAGCCAGUCGGAGCCUUUUCCUUGGGGGUCCCCUUCUGGCCGAGGACUUUAUCCCCCAACGCCCAGGGACUGUCACCUCGCCUGACAGACAGACCGCAAGCGGGGUGACACUGAGGCUGGCCGGCUGGCUCGUUUCCCAGCCCCUUUCCACCCAGGAGCCUGGGAAGGGCCAUUGCCAGCGUUCCUGUCCUCACACAGCGACAGAGGCGUGGGCAGUGUGGGACGCACUGGCACCUGGAGCCAGCCACUCGGGCUCCUGGGCAGUGAAGGGGCCUGCAUGGCAGGAGCGUCCCACCCUGCGGGGAGCAGGGUUCCCUGUGUUCUGGCCCUCAGCAGAGCUUUCCCAGCCCACCCCCCACCCCACACGGCCAGCUGUGUGCUGUCGAAGCCAGAGCAAAACAGGCAGGGGAGAAGAAGGAGCAGGCCAGCAGGAAGCUGUCCUUGUCACCCAGCAGGCAAGGCCACACUGCCCGUGGCAUGCUGAGUGGGAUGCUACUUUGAAUGGCAGCCUCUGCCCAGCACCCCUAUUCCCAGUUCCCCCACCAGGCACAGAAGAUAGGCCUGUCCAUCCUGGAGAGCAUGGGCUUCCGUGUGGGCCAGGCGCUGGGUGAGAGGCUUCCCCAGGAGACACUGGGCUUCAGGGAGGAGCUGGAUGUCCUCAAAUUCCUGUGCAAGGACCUGUGGGUGGCCGUGUUCCACAAGCAGAUGGACAGCCUCCACACCGAUCACCAGGGAACCUAUGUCCUGCAGGACAACAGCUUCCCCCUCCUUGUCCCGAUAGCCUCGGGCCUGCAGUACAUGGAGGAGGCACCCAAGUUCCUGGCCUUCACCUGCGGCCUUCUGUGCGGCGCCCUCAGUACCCUGGGCUUCCAGAGCUUGGUCACUGCCUCCGUGACAGCCCUGCCUGCCUGUGAGUCCUGGCGGGGGUGUCUCUGGGGCUUCACACUCUUCUCUCCCCGCACCCAUCUGACAUGUGGAACUUGAGGCCCAGAGCCCCGAAGUCACCAGGCCAGUCCAUGCCCAGCCCAAGGGCAGCCCAGAGACCCACCUGGCACUGUGACCAGAACCAGGGGGACAUACAGACGUCUUCCUCAAUGAUUUCCCUAAUGGGGGGCAGAAGCCCCAGAGGAGAUGGGUGGGCGCACACAACCCUGCUGUGGGUCUUCCUGAUGUGGGCGGGGGGCUCCCAGGCCACAGACCCCACCGAUGAGCCACAACCUCAUUCCUACCUGUGGAAGCCCAAAGCCUAGAGCUGUCUGUCGGGGGCUGGCUGCCUCUUCCAGUUCCCAGGCCACUCGGGGGACUUGGGGCCUAAGUGGGCAGGGCCUGAGUAACACAUGCCACAGAAGCCCACGUAGGGCCCUCCCCAGCUUCCUACAUGCCUGGACUCCGUGCCCCAGCACCCACACAGCCCUGGGGUGCAGCCUGCUGGGCGGGAGCAUUACCCCCUUUGGCCUCACUGAGCAGAGGGAGCGCCAGGCCACCCAGGCUGUCUGGCGCGGGUGGAUGGCUGAGCUGCUGGGUGCUUUCCGCCUUCCCCAGAUCCCAGCCUCGCUAAAGGCAGCCCUUGUC